AUGGUACGUCCAGUAUUAAGAUCGUCAUUGAGAAGUCGGGAUUCAUCGUCAACGUCAACUGGUGGACCAGAUGCACGUGAAAGAAUAAAAGAUUGUUGUCGUAAGUUGGUAGCAUUUAUGUGUACGCAAGUUGGCGUGGGUGGUCUCGUUGUUGGAUACGCUAUAGUCGGUGCAUUUGGUUUUAUAAUGAUCGAAAAACAAAAUGUUAUUAUUGAUCCCGAUUGUUCGCGUAAUAUUAUACAAAAACAAUACGCCGAUGUAUUAUGGUAUAAAACGGCGGGCGAUCAAACCGUUAAUAUAUUCAAUCGUACAACAUUUUUCAUCGUGUCCAAUUCUAUUUUAAUAGAAUUGCAAAAUAAUUUUACUGCUGCAUAUUUGAGAAAAAGUUGUAACAUCGGUAUGACCUCAUCUGAACAAUGGUCAUUCCCAGCAGCACUUAUGUUUUGUUUAUCAAUAUUUACCAUGAUAGGAUAUGGUAAUUUGGUACCGAGAACACCAUGGGGUAAAGGUGCUACUGUGAUGUAUGCUGUAUUGGGUAUACCAUUAUACGUAUUGUACUUUCUCAAUAUGGGCAAAAUAUUGGCGCAAACGUUCAGAUGGCUUUAUACAAAUUUACAUCAGUGUACUGGACAAAGGAAACCUGGUCAAAGGAUUACAGUACCAUCCACCGCUUGUUUAUGGGUCAUAUUCGGAUACGUUCUAGUUGGUUCAAUCAUGUUCGCACAAUGGGAAGGUUGGGAUCUUCUUGACAGUACUUAUUUUUGCGUUACAUCAUUAUGUAAAAUUGGUAUGGGUGAUUUUAUACCUGGAUGGACACUAGGUGAAUCUACGGAAAGCAGUCAUACCAAAUUGGUCAUCAAUUUCGUUUAUCUUUUACUUGGAAUGGGAUUAAUAGCUAUGUGUUAUAAUCUCAUGAAAGAGGAUGUUUAUGUUAAAGCGAGGGAACUCAAGGAACAACUCGAUCACGCGAUGGAUGUUGCCCAUCGUCGAAUGAUUACCUGUUGCCGAUCGAAAACAUUCGUCUGAAAUAUUUUCUUCUUCUUC